CACAAGUUUGCCUUUUUCGUGCAUCUAAUCUUCAAUAGAAGAAGAAGAGUCGCCGUUGAUUCUAAACGCCCAAACGACUCACCUUUAACCCUUUUACCUAGACACGAUCAAGAAUAAUCCUUGCCGUGUCCGACUUAAAAAAGUUGAAAGGUUUCCCCUUCAAAUCAUCUCAAUCUCCUUCAAAAUCCUGAGCCAUUCCAAAAAUAUUCUCUUGUUUCACUCUUCUUCAACAAGAAAGUUUAGAGCUUUAAGGGAUUUGAUUGGUCAGAGAAUCAUAAGAUGGCGAAUGAUGCGGCUGCAUGUGCAGAGAGAGCUACUAACGAUAAGUUGAUUGGUCCUGACUGGGCUAUUAACAUUGAACUGUGUGAUAUCAUCAACAUGAACCCUAGUCAAGGGAAAGGAGCAGUGAAGGUGCUGAAGAAACGGUUAGGAAGUAAAAACUCUAAAGUCCAGAUUCUUGCACUUUAUGCGUUGGAGACUUUAAGUAAGAAUUGUGGAGAGAAUGUUUGCAAGCUUAUUAUAGAACGUAAUAUUUUGACUGAUAUGGUCAAAAUAGUGAAGAAGAAGCCGGACUUGAAUGUGAGGGAGAAGAUACUAAGUUUGUUAGAUACAUGGCAAGAAGCUUUUGGUGGACGUGGUGGUCAAUAUCCUCAAUACUACAAUGCGUAUAAUGAACUCAGGAUUGCUGGAAUUGAGUUUCCACCAAGAACGGAAAGUAGUCUAUCUUUCUUUACUCCACCUCAGACUCAGCCUAUUCCAUUAGAUGAAGAUGCUGCUAUUGAGGCGUCGUUGCAAGAAGAUGAUGCUUCUAGCCUCAGUAAGGAAGAGAUUCAAAGUGCUGAGGGAUCAGUUGAUGUUUUGAUGGACAUUCUUGGAGCACUUGAUCCCACAAAUCCCGAUGGUUUGAAAGAAGAGCUUAUAGUUGACUUAGUGGAGCAAUGUCGUACUUAUCAAAAACGUGUAAUGACUCUUGUCAACACUACAACAGACGAGGAGCUUCUAUGCCAGGGAUUAGCAUUGAACGAUAACUUGCAGCGUGUUCUUCAGCGUCACGAUGAUAUUGCCUCUGUUCCUUCAAAUGGAAGCAGCACUACAACAACUCCUUCUCCAACUCAGCUAGUCAACAUCAAUCAUGAUGAUGAUGAUGACGACGAUGACGAUGAAUCAGAUGAUGAUUUUGCUCAGCUAGCUCACAGGUCUAAGAGAGAUUCCAGCCAGAUUCUUCCUCCUCCUCCACCACCUCCAUUGAGACCUGUGGAUGGUACUACUGAGUCAAGUACGGUGGAUUUCCUUAGUGGUGAUGUCUAUAAAACUCAAGCUUCCUCACAAGGAGUCAAGCGGCAGCCUUCUCCUCCUCUUCCUGCUCCUCCUACUGCUGCUGCUGUGCCGUCUUCUCCACUAAGAAAAUCUCCUGUGCAACCUCCUCCUGCUCCAUGGGAUACUGAGGUUAUAAGGAAUCUUCCACCUCCACCUUCAAGACACAACCAGAGGCAACAGUUCUUUGAGCAUCAUCAUCACUCGAGUAGCGGCUCUGAUUCCUCUUACGAUGGUCUUGUUGGACAGACCAGGAACCUCUCUAUGAAUAAUGAAACCAAGAAAGCAGAGGAUAUGCUUUUCAAAGACUUGGUUGAGUUUGCUAAAACUAGGUCAUCCAAACCCAAACAUUAGGUCACUUUGAGUCUUUUGCUUGUGUAACAAUCAUUGCUUUAACAAAUCAUUAUGAUAUUUGAGUGUGUGCCUUAUUGUCUAAUACAUGUGUGUUACAACUGAUGAUCACGUUCAAGAUACAUAUACAUUAUGCAACCCAAAGCCAAGAACUAACCAUUUUAUCUAUUUUUAUUUAGUCAUUU